AUGCUCGUGGACCGUGCACGCUCCUGGACCAGGCAAGCUCUUGGACCAGGCAGGCUUGUGGACGAGGAAAGUUCCUGGACCAGGCAAUCUCCUGGACUAGGAGCUUGCCUGGUCCAGGAGCUUGCCUGGUCCAAGAGCUUGCCUAGUCCAGGAGCUGGACGUGGACGACGUGGACGACGUGGACGACGUGGACGACGUGGACCUGGACGUGGACGUGGACGUGGACGUGGAGAUGGACGUGGAGAUGGACGUGGACGUGGACGUGGACGUGGACGUGGACAUGGACAUGGACGUGGACGUAGACGUGGACGUGGACGUGGACAUGGAGGUGGACAUGGACGUGGACGUGGACGUGGACAUGGACCUGGACGUGGACGUGGACGUGGACGUGGGGACAUGGACGUGAACGUGGACGUGGACGUGGACGUGGACGUGGACAUGGACGUGGACGUGGACGUGGAGGACUUGGACGUGGACAUGGACGUGGACGUGGACGUGGACGUGGACAUGGACGUGGACGUGGACAUGGACCUGGACGUGGACGUGGACGUGGACGUGGACGUGGACGUGGACAUGGACCUGGACGUGGACGUGGACGUGGACGUGGACGUGGACGUGGACGUGGACGUGGACAUGGACGUGGACGUGGACGUGGACGUCGACGUGGACGUGGACAUGGACCUGGACGUGGACGUGGACGUGGACGUGGACGUGGACGUGGAGGUGGACGUGGACGUGGACAUGGAUGUGGAGGUGGACGUGGAGGUGGACGCGGACGUGGACGUGGAGGUGGACGUGGAGGUGGACAUGGACGUGGACCUGGACGUGGACGUGGACGUGGACAUGGACGUGGACAUGGACGUGGACGUGGACGUGGACGUGGACGUGGACGUGGACGUGGACAUGGACGUGGACGUGGACGUGGACGUGGACGUGGGGACAUGGACGUGA